AUGGGCACCAAUUUCCCGCAGAGCCACCACCUCCAGACCACCCACUUGUCGCUCCCCAGGAAGCAAUUCCUCUCCUACGUCCUCUACGCCCUCCUCCCCCUCGCGCUCCUCCACUACCUGCUCUUCAACCCGCUGGCCGCGCCCAAGCCGCCGCUCCUGGCGCAGCCGCAGGCGCGCGAGGCGGCGCCGUCCCAGCACAGGCACGCGCCCGUCAAUGCGCUUGAGGAGCAGCUGCCCCCGCCCCCUCCCGCUCCCGGCCGAGGGGGCGAAGCAUUGGGGGAAACUCAAGGCGGAGACGUGUCGGCGUCAGGAUCCGCGUCGCCGCCGUGCGACUACUCCGACGGCGAGUGGGUGCCGGACGCGCGCCCGCCGCUGUACGACGGCACGAGCUGCGGCACCAUCAAGGACGGGCAGAACUGCAUGGCGCACGGCCGCCCGGACACCGGGUACCUCCACUGGCGGUGGCGGCCACGGCGGUGCGACCUCCCCGCCUUCUCCCCGGAGGCGUUCCUCCGCUGGCUCCGCAACAGGCACCUGGCCUUCGUGGGCGACUCCAUGGCGCGCAACCAGGGCGAGUCGCUGCUCUGCCUCCUCGCCUCCCGCUCCCGCCCGGACCUCGUGUACCGGGACGGCCAGGAGAACAGGUUCCGGCGCUGGGUCUUCCGGGAGCACAACGCCACCGUCUCCAUCUUCUGGUCGCCGCUCCUGGUGCGGGUCGCCGAGAAGGCGGAGCACGCCGGCGUGCGGCACAACAACGUGUUCCUCGACUCGUUCGACGAGCGGUGGAUGUCGCGGCUGGGCGGGAUCGACGCCGCCGUGCUGUCCGUCGGGCACUGGUUCCUCAUCCCCGGCGUCUACCACGACGGCGGCAGGGUCGUGGGCUGCCACGACUGCGCGGACCUCAACCGCACCGAGACGGCCUUCUUCGGCGCGUUCAAGGAGGCCGUGCGCCGCACGCUCGCCGAGGUCGCCCGGCGGCACGGCGCGGACAGCAAGCUGGUCGCGGUCACCACGUUCUCGCCGGCGCACUUCGAGGGGGACUGGGACAAGGCCGGCGCGUGCCCCAGGAGGCACCCGUACAGGGAGGACGAGAAGGGGCUGGGCUACACGGAGAAGGAGAUGAGGAGGACCGUCCUGGAGGCGGUGGCCGCCCACGCCGGCGCCGGGCCCCUGCGGUUCGCGGCGCUGGACGUGACGAGGCUGGCCAACCUGCGGCCGGACGGCCACCCGGGGCCGUACAUGCGCAGCGACCCGUUCGCCGGCGGGCCGGACGCGCGGGUGCAGAACGACUGCGUGCACUGGUGCAUGCCCGGCCCCAUCGACACGUUCAACGAGAUCCUGCUGCAGACCGUCGCGGGGUGA